AAAAAAAAAAAAAAAACACCCCGGGGACACUUUCGGUAUUUACAGAGGAACCUCUCCACGGCGUGCAGUCGUCCGGCAGUCAAGUGCGACCUACACACGGGCUGCCACCCAAAGAGCCGAGCUAUGGCGCCCCUGUCUUUGCCCCUGUCGUCUCUGCUGAAACACAAGGACUGUCUGCAGAAGGCGAACGUUUUCUGCAACGUUUUAAAGGGUUCACAGCACCGGCCAUUCAGGUCCUGCUCAUGGAAACGGAAUUUCGGCGCGGCACACCGUGGAGUCGGUCAACUGCUGUCGCGCCGGCCCAGAGCCAAAAACUACGCAGCAUCUGUUUGCAGCGGCUCCUCUGACGGCCAGGGCAUGACAGAGAGGCUGUGGUCUGUUUACAAUGAGACCAAAAGGCAGACAGAAGACUUGAUCCCAGUCAUAUCGACCAAGUCAGUCGACCCCGACACCAUUUUUGCCAACAACGAGAUGAGCCUGCGCGACACAGAGAUCUACGGCUUCGACUAUGACUACACCCUGGCCUUCUACUCCAGCCACCUCCACACCCUCAUUUUCAACAUAGCGAGGGACAUCCUCAUCGCAAAACACAGGUAUCCAGAGGGUCUGCGAAAGUACGAGUAUAUUCCAAAUUUUGCUGUUAGAGGACUUCAUUAUGACGUUCAGAAGGCACUGCUGAUGAAGAUAGAUGCUUUUCACUACAUCCAGUUGGGAACUGUAUACAGAGGUCUUCAUCCAGUUCCUGAUGAGGAAGUAAUUGCCAUGUAUGAAGGUUGUCACGUACCUCUAGAGAUCAUGAGCGACUUCUACGGCAAGAGUUCCCAUGGCCACACCAUGAAGCAGUUCAUGGACAUAUUCUCCCUGCCUGAGAUGACCCUCCUAUCCUGUGUCAAUGACUUCUUCAUGAGGCACAAUAUCGACUAUGAGCCAGUCCAUCUCUACAAAGACGUAAAGGAAGCCAUUAGAGAUGUUCACGUCAAGGGCAUUAUGUACCGAGCUGUGGAGGCAGAUAUUGAGAAAUACAUUUGCUAUGGUGAGCAAAGCCACGCUGUGCUGAAGAAGCUGUCAGAGCAUGGAAAAAAGAUGUUCCUCAUUACCAAUAGCCCCUUUGACUUUGUGGACCGAGGAAUGAGCUACAUUGUAGGGAAGGACUGGAGGGACCUGUUUGAUGUUGUUAUUGUUCAGGCCGACAAACCUAGUUUCUUCAAUGACCGGAGAAAACCUUUCAGGCGAGUGACAGACAAAGGUGCGUUGCUGUGGGACCGGAUUCACAGGUUGGAAAAAGGGCAGAUCUACAAACAGGGAAACCUUUAUGAGUUCCUGAGACUCACUGGCUGGAGAGGAUCCAAAGUGCUCUACUUUGGAGAUCACAUCUACAGUGACUUGGCAGAUCUGACGCUGAAACAUGGCUGGAGAACAGGUGCCAUCAUCCCUGAGCUGCGGAAAGAGAUCAAGAUUAUGAACACAGAGCAGUAUGUGCACAUGAUGACCUGGCUACAGGCACUGACUGGACUUAUUGAACAGAUGCAGGUACACAGAGAUCCGGCAUCUCAAGCUGUCGUUGAGGAGUGGAUUAGAGAGAGAGAAGCCAUGAGGCCACAGACGAAGGACAUCUUCAACGCGCAGUUUGGGAGUCUUUUCCGAACAUACCACAACCCCACUUACUUCUCACGCCGGCUGUCGCGCUUUGCUGACAUCUACAUGGCCACCAUCAGCUGCCUGCUCAACUACGACUUCCAGCACACCUUUUUCCCCCGCCGUACUCCCCUGCAGCAUGAGUCCCACAUCUGGCCUGAACACAGCCCCGAUGGCCUGAGCAUCUCCUCAAAGCUCCACAAGUCCAAAGCAGAGUCCGAUUAGAGAGAGAGAGAGAGAGAGAGAUAGAGAGAGAGAUAGAGAGACACUGUUCAAAAAUAAAGAACAGGAUUGAAUGAUCUCCAUUGCUGAUUUAAACUUAACUAAACUUUUGAGAUAAGGCAUUUUAGAAGAUGAAUGCCACAUUUUAAGUUACAACUGGUAACAAUCAUGUAAACUGUUGAUGUUUAUUAAGCUUUAAACUAGUUAGUUAUGUAUAUCCUUUCAAAUAAUUCAGUGGAUUUAGUGCUUCUUAAACCAAAUGGCUAUGACAGAACAAACAUACUGACAAUUUCAUUUUAAUCAUACAUAUUUUGUAUUUUAGAUUUUUAUUUGGGACAUUGAAGGCACUGAUUUUUUUUUGUGGCGCUGAAUGUGUACUUGUGUCUGUGUAUGAGAAAGGUUUGUAGUGAAAGAUUACAUGAAGGUGAUGCAUUUACACAGUUUAAACAAUAGGGGGCAGUCACACAUCAAGUCUAUCAUGGUGAGUCUCUAGCAUGAAUUGUAACCCCUCUUUAAAGAUUAUCUUUGCCUUUUUUCUCCUUUGCAUUUGUAAAACUGUCGAUUUGUAAGACUGUUGGCGAAAUACUCAGAUGUGACAUUUGCAUUACAAACUCUGUUGCCUUAAUAUCUUCUUCACAUAACUGCAAUGUAUAUAUUUUUGUAAUAGCCUAAUAUUAUUUAUGGUAAUCAAGCUUUUCAAAUGUUGCCAGCAAGCCUUUUGGUACAUUUAAUUUUGAACUGCAUAUUGUGAUACACACACAUUGAUGUUCACAGAUGUUUUCUUUUAAUAAUUUUCACACAACACAGCCUGUAUGUCUCAUUUAGGCAGAAGAGAAAUGCUAAUUGUCAGGAAGCAAUAGAGCAUUAUGGCUAUAUUUAGCAUGGGUGUUGCUAUUUGAUCUGUGAAGGCAGCACUGAGUUUGUCACUUUUUGGAGAAAAUGUGUGAAAUCCUGUAACACAUGCUGGGACGUAGGCUGGAGGAGGAUGUGUUUCAUAUUUAAGAUGGAAUUGAAGAGUUUUUAAUGAAUUUGAAAAAAGGGAAUUCUUAAAUACCAGUGGCCACAACCAAGACCUCAUGGUCUAUUUUAUUUAUCUGUCUCAGUAGUUUUAAAUAUGUCUUUAUGAAAUGUAUUUCUAUUUUACUAUUUAUUAAAAUGGAAAUGGCUUACUGAUCGUAGCCCAUUGCUUAUGUCAUUAUUGAAAAGCACUAUGCUUUUUACUUUGCUAUUGGCCGUAUGAACAACAAAACGACGUUUUCAUAAUUGGAAAAUUCAUUUUGAGGACUAAUUGAUUCCUUGUUGAAAACUCUUCAACUUUCCAAUUACCAUUAUAGCAGUGGGUUUGUUGGGAUUAAUCCCUCCAAAUCGUGUUACGGACCAAUUUCUCUUAUUGCAUUUGGGGCUUUCUCUAACAGGUGCACAAUCUGAGAUCUUAGAAAUGAGAAAAGCCGAGUGGUUUGACAGGGAUCAGAAAUGAUAAGAUCAAUGACGCUGUGUCCUGAGCUGAGCAGAGUGUCUGUGGGUUAGGUCUCUGG